CCCCCCCAAUCCCCUCGAAUAAUACAUCCAAGUCCCGGGAGCGAUUCCAUACAAACUGUUGGUGCGUUUUUUUCCUUCUGUCUCUCUCUCUGAUGUUUCUCUCUCUCGUCACAAUAGUAGCAGGAGAGACAUUGACGGCUUCCAUGACCCCCCUGUCCCGCGCGCCUACCAGAGAAAGGCGCAAAGUAAGAAAGAGGGAAAGAGAGUGAUUGUGUGAGAGAGAGGAAGAGAAUGAGAGAGACCGAGGCAGCUCAGGAGAUACACGAUAGAGACAAGACGCACAUACUCUUCUUAUCUUGUUCUCCAUUCUCGCCCUAGCGGUCAGCAGUCUAAAGUAGUUCUGUACCUCUCUUAAUGCACCUAGGUAAGGUACCUUGCCUUACGGGGCACUCACCAGUCACGACAAUACGGCACACUAAGGUACGGAUACUGAACCAUUACUACGACUUAGGUGCCGGCUUCCAUCCUCGUCGUCCUUUCUAUCAACCCCGGUCAUCCCGGCCUCCUCUUAGUCCAGAGAAGGAGGUACUUGCUGCUUGGCAGUUCCCCCGUUGUUUGUGGCCCAUCUGUUCUCCCCACGCUGGUCUGCUCUAGCCUCGAAUCAGAUACCCUAACUCAAGGCACAAUAGAGUGCCUUGGGACCUCUACUUUCUUUCUUGGUCUAUCCUUCCUUGUCCUAGGGUGGGCAAGUAUCUCUCUCUCUCUUUCUCUGUCUCUGUCCCUCUCACAUACUCCCUCACUCUCUGGAUACCCAGUCCUAAUCCUCGUUCCUCCUGUUGUGAGAAAGAGACAGAUACUUCCUCCUCCUCCUCCUUCCUCUCUCUCUCUCUCUCGCGCGCUCUCUCGCUCUCCCAACUGCUGCAGACAUCCCUACCCUUCCUUACCCCCCGUCCUACCCCACGAGUCCAUGCAUCUUGUCUAACCCAUGACUACCCAUUCGCCGAAGACAAAGUAGCACCAUCCUGUUUCACUUCCUUCCACCAUCUAUGGCUGCUUAAAACUCAUCUACAUCCUUGGGACCCCGUCCAUACCUGCGUCCUCUUGAUUCUCUCCUUCGAUCCGGGUGCCGCGCACAAGAAACGGGACUUACCCACAGUGUCUCGCUACGCUGCCGCUAGACCAUUCAACAACACGCCCAGAAGCUUGUUGGCUCAGAAGAUUACUGUAGUCUUUCACACAUUCGACAACGAGUCAAGCCUUGGAACUUGACUUGUCUCGUAACCAUUCUUAUUAGCUUCACGAUAUCUGCCUUAGACUGCUACAACAAUCUCAGAGAAAACCGCUUCCACCUGUGGGGACGAGACAUUCCCUAUAUCAGCGCGCUGCAGAACCACAGACUACUACCAGACAAUGCAGUCUGUAGUCGUCAACAUACUCAUGGAUUAAGAGCCGCGUCGCAAACCCCGAUCUUACUCGCAGCGCACUAGCAUCUACUAGGAUGGAUUCUGCCGAUGUGGUCGUCGAGGACGACAAGUCACCGUCCAAGACCUCGGAGAACAACAACAAUAACGACGACAAUGAGAACGAAGACGCGAACCGCAAGAAAGAGAAAGCAAAUGUGCGGAAAAGGACGAAAACCGGCUGUCUCACAUGUCGCAAACGUCGCAUAAAGUGCGAUGAAGGCCGGCCCAUCUGUAACAACUGCAUCAAAUCCAAGAGGCACUGCGAAGGGUACAAUCAGCGUGUCAUCUUCAAAGAACCCAUCGCCGGAUUUAAUAUCAAUGGCAGCUACGGCCCUAUCGUCUAUCCUCCCGAGGCGCCAAACCAGUCGUUCAAUCAACUGCCCAACCCGCCACCCAAGUCCAUCAAUGGUCCGCCCCUGGCACCGAUCGCGCCUAAGCCGCCGCAACAUCUAGAUUUCCAAGGCCAGCCGAUGUUUCCCUAUGGUCAAGGCUUUACCGGUCAGCAUCAACACCAAGCCCCUCCUCCUAAUGCCUUCGACUUCAACCAGUUCCCGUAUGGCGAGCAACACAUGCCUUCAAGCUCGUCCAUCAUCUCACCAGCUAGUCAAUUUCAGCCGCAAUUUGGUGGUCAACAGACCAACUUGGUCAGCCCCAACACAGAUAGUGGCGCGUUUGUCCACAGCCCGACAGAACCAUGGAGACACCAGCCGCCGAGAGCUCAGGCACAGGUGGAAGAGAUGGAUGUGUAUCCCAGCACCAAUGCCGCUCCUCAGAUGGAUCACCCUGUGGAGGACGCAGAGUUCCAGUACCCAUGCUCGGACGACGAUGCCUCCAUGCCUGACUCCGAGGACGCAUUUGAAGAUCUAAUGGGCGAGGAGAGCGCGUACGGCCAGCUGGUGCAGAGCCGGAACGAUGGACCUUGGGAUGGAUUCGGAACUAAGAUGAGGUCCUUCUCGGCCUUUGCUGACGAGACAAUUCUCACAUCGUACAUACCUACGCCCAACAAUUCGCCACUCAAUGACGAGCGAACUGCUGCUUUGUUCUGGCACUUCAUCAACGUCACGGGUCCAAGCAUGUCGCUAUACGAGCGGCAUCCUUUCGACCACUCAAAGUUGACAAACAACUUCUCCGUGCCUAAAGCAGGACACAACAUCUGGACUUACACAUUUCCCAUUAUAUCAUUUACACAUCCUGCCCUCCUGCAGGCAAUGCUUGCAUUGGGCGCGUUGCAGAUCGCCAAGCUACAGCAGAUACCGCCGACAGCAGCUAUGAAGCACUAUCAUCUUGCCAUCCGCAGGAUCGCAAAGAAUCUACGGAGUCCUAAGAGGAGAACGUCACCGGCAACGCUGGCUGCCUCCCUCUUGCUUGGGUACUUUGAGGUCUGGAACUCGGAUCACACAAAGUGGUGCAACCAUCUCUUUGGCUCCAGGCUCUUGAUUAGGGAGAUCCCCUUCAGGCAAAUGACAAAGAACAUUCUGCCGCUGAAAAGGGUGAGAAGGGCGCUGUUCCAGGAGAGCCAGAACCAGCCAAUGGACCCUUUUUACAUGGGCCACGACAACACUCACAUGAUGAGCCACGAUCUCGAUGAUCUCGAUCUCGGCUUCCUUAGCAAGCUUACCAACCAGCACGUCUCGUACGAGGACGACGAGCCAUCUCCACACUACUACACAGACCGCGAUAUCGAGCACUACGAACAUCUGAGAGAUUUGUACUGGUGGUACUGCAAGAUGGACGUAUAUCAAAGCAUGUUGGGCGGAGGGAAACCUUUCAUGGACUACCAGCACUGGACGCAGUGUCCACCACGAGCACCCAUGGGCCGACUUGAGGCCAUAUACGGGACAUACGAUCACCUCAUGCUGCUGCUCGGACGCCUGUGUAGCUUUGCAUCUAAAGAUCUCCCCAGAAAACGGAAAUCCUUCAAGGGUUUUGGUCCUCCAGGAGGCCCCCCUGGCGGACCUCCCGGUGGACCUCCCGGCGGACGGCCUGGAGGACCACCAGGCGCGGGUGGCCCGCCGAGAGGCGGUCAAGGUUGGCCGCCGCCAGGGAUGGGACCGCCGCCGGGAAUGGCGACGGGCAUGCACGGAGGAGGGCCUCCCGGUGGGAUGAUGGGAGGAAUGCCAGGUGGACCUCCCGGGGGCCCUCCAAUGGGCAUGCCGCCGCCAAACAUGACGGGAGGGCCGCCGCCAGGAAUGGGGCCGCCACCGGGAAUGGGCCCCGGCGGCCCCGGUGGCUCGCCGCCCAUGUUUCCGGGCAUGCUCCCCAAUCUCGGAAAAGUGACGCUUCCAAUGGGCUUCAGCCCCCCGCGCGACGACUCCCCACCACCACCCGACGCCCGAGAGGAAGACCUUGACUCAGACGAAGCCGCAGACGCUGCUAUGCGCGAGUGGACCUCCCUCCGUGAGGCCUUUGAGAUGCUCCGGUCCCGCUUCGGCCCCGAGUUCCAACCCCUGGGCGCCGAGUAUGCCGACCGCCGAGACUCACCCUUUGGUCCCACGCUGCAGUACCGCACCUUUUCGGUGGCGGGCAUCUGGAUGAACUACUACAUGGGCCUCAUCCACCUCUACCGCGCGCACCCCAAGAUGCCACCCGCCGCUAUGAUCGCGGCGGGGAUACAGGCACAGCACACGGCCAAGUUCGCCAUGGAGAUUGGUCGCAUUGCGGCCGGAUUGACGGACGAUUGUAGCAAUGUGCUCGAGAUUAGCACCCUCGUCGGCGCAGCGCUGAUCGAGAGUUCAUUCUGUCUGUUCGUCAGUGCUAUUCAGUACCAAAGCGACGCCCAACGUCACUGGAUCGUCAGGCGCAUGCACGACAUCGCCCGCCUCACAGGCUGGCAGUCGGCGCGGCAGAUCGCCGAGGGCUGCGAGUCCGGGUGGAAGAAGGCGGCAGCCAUGGGCCGGGGUCCGCCGUACGCGCGCGACCCGAGCCUGCAGACCGUGGUGCCGCCGUCCGUGUGGUCGAACCCGCGGCGUAUCGGCGCACGAAUCGAACAGCUCGAUAGUGACGACACCGUGCUCGUCGUUGCCAAGUCGGAGAGGGCGUUCUAUGCUCUGGGUCUGAUUAGCGUGGAGGAGGAGAUGGAGAGGUUGGUGAUUAAGGAUGAGAAUUGAGAGGAGGUUGACUCCCGGCGGAACCACCUUGGGUAGCAAGUAUUCUGAGCGACUGUGAGCGUUGAUGGAAGCGUGGGCAUGAGCGCAUCCGUGUCAAUGGGUGGAGGCGCAACAUAGGUAACGUCUUGGAGAGAGGCCAUAGUCCUACGUUUUGUAAAUACAAUAUGCCCACUCAAAGCAC